AUGCCUUAUUAUCUACAGGCAUUCUGUCGGGGGCUCCGAUUGGUUGUAUUCUCAAACGUACAAUCCAAUCAAAUCACUGUAUUUACAAACUUCCGUGUUACAAAAAGUGUCUAUUGUAGUCAAGCCUCCUGGAACCAGCAACCUGUUGAUACACCAGCUUAUGUCCCUUAUGAAUACGCCCAGCCUCAGCCUCAACAAAACCCAGCCCCUGCUUACCCAGCUCAACCAAGCGCAGGAUCCCCUGCGUACCCUGCGCAACAAGGAGCAGCCCCAUAUGAUUAUUCAAGCCAAACAGUAGUCCAACAACAACAAAACUACCAGCAACCAAAUGCCUACCCACCUCAAAAUGCUGCUCCAGUUGUGUACGACCCUCAGCCAGCUGGGAGGGGGGCUCCAGUCCAGACAGUGUAUGUCCAGCAGCCGGCAGUAUACCCAACGAAUCCUAAGGCACCAGCUCAAUAUCAGUACCCACAGCACGCUCCAGCACCAGCAGGUCCCAUUUACUCUACAUACAAGCAAGCAGGCGCCCCUUACCACCAACAUACACAAGGUGCUCACGUUCAUUCACAUUAUCCGGGUCAAUACCAUGCUCACCCUGCACCUACUGUCCCAGCAAUAACCACUACCACCCCUGCUCCGACUACUACGACUGCGGCUGCUCCUGCCGGAGAAGUUGAGGUAGAGGGACCUGUGACUACACCAGCGCCCAUUACGACUACAACUGCUGCAGCUCCAAAUCUUACGGCCCCUUUCGUUCCUUAUGAUUUAAUAAACGGUAUACCAGCACCAUUGUACGAGGCAGCGUUUGAUCCAGCUGGGAGUGCGAUAUACUACGACUAUCCUCCACCUCCGGUAGAUUACCUACCACCAGGAGCACCACCGUCCGGUUUCCCUCCGGGAGGAGGACCACCUAUGGAUUACCCACCGGGAGGAGGACCACCUUUGAAUUUUCCGCCACCAGGAGCACCACCAAUGGAUUUUCCGCCGCCAGGAUCACCACCGAUGAAUUUCCCACCGGGAGGAGGACCACCAGUGGAUUUCCCCCCACAAGGAGGUGCACCUUUGAAUUUCCCGCCAGAUUUGCAACCACCUCCUCCGCAACCACCUGCGGCUCUACCACCGGGAUCUCUUCCCCCAGGUGAUUUCCCAGCUCUUACCGGUGCUCCAGCAGACCUCGGAGGAAUUGGUCCACCGCCACCAAUGGACUUCCUGCCACCACCACCUCCGCCAUUUGACUUGGGUGGCCCUGGAGGAGCCUACGAUUUCUUACCACCGCCUCCGCCUCCGUUGAUGGGACAACAUGGAAUGGGCUUUCCCCCUGACCCCGCUAUGAUGAUGACUAAUCCUGUCCCAGGUCAAUUCCCGGCACCACCCCCACCAACUGCAAAUAUGGCUCCUACUUCAAACGUGGCCCCGCCGUCACCAACUGGUUACCCUCCUGGACCACCACCAUCAAAUCCUGGACCACCGCCACCAAAUCCUGGACCACCACCACAACAUCCAGGACCCUCACCACACAAUCCCAGUCUCCCCUCAAUCUUCCAAGGACCAUCUCCGUAUCCAUAUGCACCUCCACCAAAUGAACCCCCUCCGAUGCCAGGAUCGUUCGCCUUCCAACCAUAUCCGGGUCCGGCAAUGAUGAUGCCCGUCGCUGCUCCGGUAACUACUACCGUUUCACCAACUACAACCAUGGCUGGAGAAAUAGAAAUUGAGGGACCGAUUACCACGCCAGGGACUACAACUCCGGCCCCGACCACUGUUAGUCCGUGGAGAUCGCAAGGGGGAAACCCUUACGUUCCUUUCCUCGGGAACAGACAGCAGCAGUUCUAUAAGCCACCAAAACAAGUACAACUACAGAAUACCCAAUCAGCGACCAUCAAUAACAUGGGUCCACCACCAGGUCAGGCAAUUACUACUACAGCUGCUACAACGACGGUGGCUGCGGCAGGUGAAUUCGAGGCGCCGGAAAUGGAAGGUGGGGCGCCGGCAUCACAAACGACCACUCUAGCACCAAUCACAUUGCAAGAAUUGAGGCAAGCUUUUGCUCAUAAAGCCGUGAAAAAGUCAAAGACUGUGUCUACGAAUUCGAACAAAAAAACAAAUAACCACAUAAAUUAUUCUAUCGAAUCGCAUGUGCCAGCACCCCCGCAAAGACUGUACCUUACCCAAGUGAACUAUCAGAGAUAUUUACAACAGCGGGCUUUGAAAAUGCAAGCAGAAGCCCAGGAGAGAAAAGCUAAGGCUCUUGCGCUUCAGCGUCAACGGAAGCUUCAGAGACAACGAUAUCGGGAACUGGAGCGUCAACGACUGCAUUAUUAUAGACGUCAGCCGCCAGCGCCGGCGCAGUAUCCUGGAUACCCACCGCAAACUCCUCAAGGAUACCCACCGCAAACCCAAUAUUAUGAUCCUGCACAACAACAACAACAACAACCACAACCACAACCACAACAACAGCAGCCUUAUUAUGGAGCUCCAGGUCAACCGCAGCCGCAGUACGUUCCCCAACAAGGUGCUUACCCACCUCAACAAGGCACUGGUUACCCAGGACAGCCGCAAGCAGCUGCUAUGUACCCACAACAGCAACAGCAGCCCGGGUACCCACAACAGCAAUAUCAAGCUCAGCCACCAGCACAACCUGGGUAUCCCCCACAGCAACCUCAGCAGCAAUCCUACCAACAACCGGGAUACCCACCUCAGACCGGGUACCCACAGCAGCCACAGCAAGCAAAUGGAUACCCACCUCAACAACAAGCCUACCCACAACAACCACCGCAGCAGCAAGGGUACCCAUUCUCAAGCCCGGCUGCUAAAUUCCCAUCCAAUAACCCCUACCCUCAACAAGCUGUCCAAUACCCACCACCAGGACAAAGCUACGCCCCACCCAGAUCGCAACAACCCCAAAACCAGGCGCCCAUGUCUGGAAAAAUUCAAGAAUUGUUAACCAAAAUAAGACAAGCUCAGACCCACUCCACCUCACCUACUAAAACAGUCGAAGAGAAGAAUAAAUGGAAUGCUAUCUUCCGUAAACUAUGGGAUAUCUACUUAUUUUGGUCAAAUCUAAAACAAUCCAAUAAACAAACGAAUUCAAGGGGUAUGGUAACGGCGUAAGAUAACCUUGACCGAGGACAGGCAGUAUUUGAAUCCAGUAAUGUGUCAGUCGAAGAAUGACAUUAAUCAUCUAGGAUGUGUCGUGAGACAGGCUGUCCGCUUGAAGAGUCGUUUUUAAACGUAAUAUGUCACACACGUCAGACUGAAGUCGCUGUGUUUUCAGACAUGUUUAUAGCUGACAUUAUGUUUAUUUAUAGAUGGAUUUAUAUAUUUACAUGGGUGAUAUGACAUUUUUACUCAGAAAUAAUAGAUGUAAUAAGUUAAUAAAGGAAAUGGGGAUGACAUGGUCGCCAUUUUGACCAUGGUUUUCUGUUCUGAAACUAGUUCAAAAAAGUUCAAAAAGUCAACUGAAAUAUCGUCACAAAAUAACCCCCACAUACAUCAUGAUACAGUUUUUGAAAAAAAGGUACAAUUCGGAAGUCAUGUGUUAUAAUACUCUAAAAAAUGGGAUUUAAAAAAGGACAUUCAUCAAAAAUAACGAUGUCGGUAUAUUAAAUUAUGUACAUAAGAAACUUUGGAAAUUAUAUUUUUCUACCAAUUAACCUUUGACCCUUAUGAAUAUUUAUGAGAUCAAUUUUUGUAUUCCGAUUAAGAAAAGAAAGCAGAAAUAAUUCGGUAUGUUGACCUUUGACCAAACCCUUAAAACAAU